CGGUAUAAAUACGGCUCCGGUGCCACACAACGUCACCUGCCUACGCCCCUUCACUACGGAGAGAAUGUGGAACUUUACACGACUGACUCUCGCACUCCUCUGUGUUGUCGUUUUGGCACGAGGAGCGAGUCUCCCUGACGGCAGCAUAGAGCCUAACUGUUCCCUGUACAACAUGCCCAUGUGCCCCCGGAACUAUGAGCCAGUGUGUGGAACCGAUGGCACCAGCUACUCUAACGAAUGCAUGCUGUGCUUUGAAAACAUGGAGCAGAAGAGUGACGUUCACAUCAGGAGUAAAGGAGAGUGCUGAACCAGACGUGACCAUCCAUUGUCUCAGCGACACACCAGGCCCUCAACAUUACUUUGAACCAUUUCCUGUUGCCUUGUCAAAACACUGACAUGUUUUCUGCUGCCUUCUAAAAACCGGUCUCAAGUGCCUCAAUAUACUUUGAACAAUUUCUUCAACACCUGUGUCCUUCUCCGACCCUUAUGGGCUCCCUGUUUGUCAUAGUCUUCUGUAGAGCACUUCACUACCUAGUCUUUUAAGACUUGUGUAGCGUACUUCUUGGUGGUAAAAUGGUCAACUUGUAAAAUUGUAUUUUAAAUGGAAUAGUCUUCAUCGUGUGUGCUUUAUUUGUCCACCUUUUUAUCUGUAAUUAAAACUAUUUUAGCAAAGUAAA